UUUACCGAUUGACAUCCAUGUCAACAUGUUAGCACGGCAGCCAUUGUAAUAUUCGCAUACUUUGUAUGCUAUUACUGCUAGUGUGAUUUUCCGGCUUUGUUGGAUCGCAGAACGUGUCGACGUAGCUAGUUAGUUGGAACACUGCCAGGAAAAGCUGAAGUCAUCACACCACACGGGGAUGUUUUGAAGAAAGAAUGUGCGCCAGCUCAUGUGCUAAAAAUAGAUCCGGAAAACCCGACCGUACUGAAAGCUGACACUGGGCUGAACGUUUGUAUUUUUCUGCCGUGUUCAACUGCGUUGUGGAUAUAGCUGGUUGACAAGUGUGUUCAGACUGCAGAUCUCGUCAGCCAAAUCGAAGUAGAGACACACAUGGCUUCAUCAGUUAGGAUGUGGGAGUGUCCAGCUUGUACCCUGAUCAACCUGCCGGACAGACGCUACUGCUCCGUAUGCUACGCCCCCAACCCCGCCUUCCACGUGGACCCUCCCCCAGAAGAUGACUUCCUGUUCGGGGGAUCAGAGACAAGUCUACCCGGAGAGUGGACAUGUGGCCGGUGCACCUACAUCAACACGGACUCAGCAGACCACUGCGGUAUUUGUGGUUCAGUUAAACCAGGUCUGAUCCGAGACCCUAGGCCUGUUAUGGAGGAGACGGAGACAGAUUCGCCAGGCUACACAUUCGCUUCUCCAACAUAUCAAGGCGCUGGGGUCGACCAAAGCAGAGGCUCCUUCUUAAACAAAGAGAUCCGUAUUGUUCUUAUUGGGCGGACAGGCUCGGGGAAAAGCGCUACAGGGAAUACCCUUCUCGGUACGGACUUGUUCACUUCCAGGGCCGGAGGGUCGUCUAUCACCAAGAGCUGUAAAGGUGGAAAUGCUACCAGGAUGGGACGCUACAUCAACGUGAUCGACACCCCAGGGUUGUUUGACACAGAUAUGACAAAUGUUGCUAUUACCAAGGAGAUUGUUAAAUGUGUUGGGAUGACCAGCCCAGGCCCUCAUGCUAUCGUGCUGGUCACCAGGAUCGACCGGUUUACCAAGGAAGAGCAGGAUACGGUGGAUCAUUUCAGAGACGUGUUCGGAGAUGGCAUGAUGAAGUACAUGUUUGUGUUGUUCACGAGAAAGGACGAUCUGGAUCAUGAAAAAUCUAACAUAGAUGAAUAUGUGAAACAUGUUCCCGAUAAACUCCAACAGAUUCUCUCGGCGUGUGGUGGACGAUACAUCGCCUUUAACAACAAUGAUCAGCAGUGUGAGAAGGAGGAACAAGUCAGUCGCUUACUGGACAUGAUUGACCAGAAUGUCCGAGCAAAUGGUGGGAAGUACUACACGAAUUCGAUGUUCAGGGAGGCCGAGGCAGCAAUGGUGAAGAGGGAGGAGGUUUUCAGGAUGGAACUGGAGGAGAACAAGAGGCGAGAGAAAGAGGCUAUUGAGAGGGAGUUCCAGGAGAAGUACAACCACGACAUGUCUGAACAGCAGGAGAUCAUUGAACAGAUGCAGAUGAGUAUAACCGCAAUGGAGGCUGAAAAGACGACAAGGAAAGGUAACUCUGAUGUCUCAGAGCUCCGGAAGCAAAUCGCAGUAAUGAAGAAAGAAGCCGAAAACGAGCAAGAGAGGCGCAGACGACGCCACGAGGAAAGGAUGGAGAACCUGGAACAGAAGAAUAGAGACUUGGAGAAACGAGCGCGGGAGAGAGCACGGGAAGCUGUUGAACAGGAGGAAGAGUCUUCUCUUGGGGAGAUAUGGAAAGGAGUCAAGCACGUUGGGAAGGGGCUUUGGAAAGGAAUUACAAGCAUAUUCUCAUAAAGUUACAUAGAAAAUGAAUGUCAUACUGAUGCAGUAUGACUUCAAAAAUACUGUUCGCUGUAUGUGGACAUUGUGGUCUUAAUAAUGUAUGUUCGUCAUGAUUAGCGACACGCUUACAAGAGUUACCAGUCAUAUUGCUAUAGCACAAUUCGUGAUUUAAGUUUGGUUUGGGUUGCAAACUUCAUCUAUGUUUUUUAAAUGUCGCUUAGGGCUGGGCAAAAUUCAUAAUUUCACAAAACGUUAACUCAGUAUAGAAUUCUUUAUCACUGAUAUCAGGUCAUGGUAAGAUGGAAAACGUAAGUGAAUGUUUCUGAUAUUCAGGACAAACGAGAAUGUGACACAUCCCUCCAGAAGUCGUUUGACCUACCCGCUGUGUAUUUACACAUCCGCUUUUAGCUGUUAAUAUUGUCUUACAGUCCUGUAAUGAUGUAUGAGAUGUAUGGGAAUUCACUUUUACUUGAUGUUCAUGCACCCUCUCUACUUCAAAUAAUGUCUUACAGUCCUGUAAUGACGUAUGGGAUGUUACUGAUGCCAUGAAUAUGGAACUGUUUCAGUUCGGUGAAACACCGUUAAUCUGGAACCCGUUUAAAACAUCUACACGAAUACAAAGGAACAUUGUCAAAGCCAAUGAUUUGCUAUUACAGAAAUUUGUAAUCCGAACAUUUAACUACAAACGAAACGGUCUGGAAUAGCGAUGUUUCAUCAACAAACUAUGUUUUGACUGUAUUCCAGCACAAGUAUUAGGAUAAUACAUAUGGCGGUAUUGAUGCAAACUUUAAAAGAAUGUCAAUUAUAACGUAUGCUUGAAAGUUAAUGCACCUUUGAUGUGAAGGUACUGUUAUAUUGUUUCCAUAUUGAUGCUCUGUGUGUUGAUGGAAGAGAGAAACCCUAUAUAUCUACCCAGCGGUAUUGCGUACAUCUUCAUGGCCAAGAAGGGACAAUGGGACUAGCCGACUGGUUAAAGUUUUCGCCCGAUGAUCCGGGUUCGAUUCUCCCACAUGGGUACAAUAUGUGAAGCCUAUUUGUGGUGACUCCUGUCGUGAUAUUGUUGGAAUAUUGCUAAAAGAUAAGGUAAUGUCUAUACCGCAAGGACAUGUUACCUAUAACCAUUUCAACUCUUUUAAAAGUGAGGCACCUUUGGAGAACAUAUACAUGUCAAUACAUCCUCGAUAUGUCCAGGGUAUACGGUAUCAGAACGUAUACCCUGGACAUAUCGAGGAUGAUGUCAAUAGUGAUUGAUAGUAUAUUAUGUAGUUUAUGUAGGAAAUAUAUUUUGGAAUAAAAGACAUGAUACGAUCUUUUA